AUGGCAGAGAGGCGCGAUCCUUAUCCGUUUCCGUCAAACAUUCAUGUGGCUAGCUCUGUCACCAUCAAGGUGAGCGACACAAACUACCUCUUGUGGAAGACUCAGUUUGAAUCUCUUCUUCGUUCCCAAAAGCGGCUUGGUUUUGUCGAUCGCCAAACUCCUGCACCUGCAGCUACUCGUGUUACUACUGUCAACGAUGUCCAAGUCACAAGUUCUAACCCAGAAUAUGAAGCAUGGGUCUGUACUGAUGAACUCAUCAAGUCGUGGUUGUUUGGAACUCUCUCUGAAGAGGUUCUUGGCCUAGUUCAUGCUCUGUCAACGUCUGCAGAGGUAUGGAACUCUCUUGCAUCUAGUUUCAAUCGAAAUUCUGUAGCUAGAGAGUGUGAGUUAUUGUGUCACCUUAAUCUGUUGAAUACGAAAGAUAAGAGCUUUUCGGUGUAUUGUCGUGAGUUUCGUGCUGUGUGUGAUAACCUUAGUUCGAUUGGGAAGCAAGUGAAUGAAUCGAUGAAAGUUGUUCUGUUUUUGAAUGGUCUGGCUCGAGAAUAUGAUCCCAUAGCCACUAUUAUCCAAAGUUCACUGUCUCGUUUGCCAUCUCCUACCUUUAAUGAUGUGGUUCUUGAAGUCGCUAGUUUCAAUUCUAAACUGCAAUCGUAUGAAACUGCCUCGGAUGUGUCACCUAAUCUGGCUUUUCAAACCCAACGAGGUGGUUUCUCGGGUUAUCGAGGACGUGGUUCAAAUGGUCGUGGUAGAGGUGGCAGAGGCAACUACUCUACUCGUGGUAGAGGAUUCUCUCAACAAGUUAACAACUCAAGUUGUAACUCGUCUCAGUCUGGAGGAUCAUCCAAUACUCGUCCGGUUUGUCAGAUCUGUGGUCGGGUUGGUCAUGUGGCUUUGAAGUGUUGGAAUAGGUUUGACAACUCCUACCAGAGUGAUGAUGUUCCCCAGGCUCUUGCUGCUCUUCAGGUGUCAGAUGGUGGUCUUGAAUGGGUUACAGACUCUGGUUCCUCAGCACACAUCACUUCUGCAACAACUCAACUCAAUAAUGCUACACCAUACAAUGGUUCAGAAACAGUGAUGGUCGCUGAUGGUACUCACUUACCGAUCACUCACAUUGGAUCGAUAAUCCUCACCACUAAUACAUGUAGUUUACCUCUUCUAGAUGUGUUUGUUUGUCCAUCGAUGCAACAGUCGUUACUUUUAGUAUCUAAAAUUUGUGAUGACUAUCCUUGUGGUGUGUUUUUUGAUGCUAAUGUCGUGUAUGUGAUUGACCUCAACACUCAGAAAGUGGUGACCAAAGGACCUCGUCGUAAGACCCUUUAUAUGUUAGAGAACCAGGAGUUUGUAGCUUGUUUUUCAAAUCGGCAGUGUGCGGCUAGUGACAUGGUUUGA